GGAGCGAUGGAAGACGCACCUCCGGCGCAGGCCGACGCCAUGACGCAGGAUAAGGCUGAGCUGCGGCUGCUGUACUUCAUGUCGGCCGGCCGCGCCGAACCGGUGCGUUGGAUACUAGCGCUGAAGGGGGUCGACUACGAGGACCACAGGAUCGUCAAGGAGACGGAGUGGGCCGAAUACAAGCCCGACAUGCCGUGGGGUCAGGUACCCGUUUUGUACGUGAACGGCGAGCCGCUAGCCCAAACCGUAGCCAUCUGUCGGUAUCUGGCCGAACUGCACCACCUCAAACCGGCCACGCCGCGGCUCUGCGCUCGCGCCGACGAGGUAGCCGAAUCGGUCAGUGACCUCACGAACAAGGCAGCUGAGGUGCGGCGAGCUUCCGAGCCCGACCGCAAGGCGGCGCUGCGAGCGGCUUUCCUGGACUCCCGGCUGCCGGCCUUCCUGCAGCAGUUGGAGCCGAAGCUGGUCGAGAACGAGUUCCUCUGUGGGGCUGAGGUGUGCUGGGCGGACAUCUACCUGGCCACAAUGCUGGAGACCAUCGGUGCCAUUUGCGGCGUGGCCGACCCCAGUGUCGGCUUCCCCCGCACGGCGGCGCUGGUAUCGCGCGUGCGGCAAAUCCCCGCGAUCGCCGCCUGGAUCGCCAGGCGCCCGCCCUCCAUUGUGGGGGAGAGUCCUGUGGCGGCGGCUGAACAGUGACUGACCUAGACACCACCCGUCCGCCGUCCGAGAGGGCCCACAGGCAGCCGCGGUGACCCGGUCUGACCUGGCGCUGACCCCACCUGACUGACCCGCAGAUCUGAAGACUGCAGACCCGACCUAUGGGCCGCCCGCUGUGAAUGGCUAGGGAAGGGCUUUGCUGGUCUGAUCUUCCCUGGAUCGGUGAUAAACUCCGGUGAGCCUCAGAGGCAUCUAAUCAUGUUGCCAGUAAGUACUCGUUUGUUGACGCGUAUGAGUGAAUUGUGAGCUAUGGUAGCAUUGUUUUUGGCAAGUGAAUAUACGU